AUGCUCGGAAGUAAUCUUAAAUGGAAUACGCAGGUUGACGACAAAACAAGAAAGGCGUGUAAAAGGUUGUAUGCAUUAAGAGUACUAAAGAAGACUGGAUUGCAGGAAAGGGAACUUGUUCUAGUGUAUAAGUCGAUGAUUCGAACUAUUCUAGAAUAUGCUGUUGAAGCCUGGUCUGACUUCCCACAGUAUCUAAGUGACAAGUUGGAAAGAGUACAGAAAAGAGCUCUCUGGAUUAUAUAUCCUGGUAGUGACUAUGGCGAAGCAUUAAAGAUCUCUAAAUUGGAAAGUCUUAAAGACAGGAGAGUAGACUUAUGUAAGAA